AUGCCGGUAGCGACGUCCGCGAGUUCGAGAAAUCGCCCCGGCUAUUCCGUGAGCUCGAGAAAGCACAUCGACCAUUCUGCGAGUUAUGGCGCUUAUCACGCUUAUAAUAUGAUCUGGUGGAAAGCAAUGUGGUGCAAAUGGAGGCACAAGUCGGCGCGCUGGAAAAAUACAGUCUCGUGUCGUGGUAGUGCAGCGUACACUCACUUCGCGUGCUUCAUCUACGCUUUGCACUCACAGCAGGACGCUGCUCCACCUGUAGCGUUGGCGCCGACAAUAACAGUCGCAUUGCUUCACCACCGCACUCGCCGCUCGCUCCACGCGUACCUCGUCGUUUCUCAUACCACCUCUUAA